UGCAUCUGCCAGAUCUUCCUUGUGAGGUGAAUGAGUGGAAGUACAACGCAAUCCUCCAGUUCGACGCUUCUGGUUGCCACAAAAGACGCUGCCAUGAGUGCUGCCAAACCUCAAUCUUCGUUUGCCUUAGCCGCGCAACCAUAUGUAUGUGGCGGCUCGGCAGCCAUCGUCGCCGCCGUGGCGAUUCACCCGAUUGACUUGGUCAAGGUACAUCUUCAACUGGCAGGCCAGACGGGAAGCAAUGCCACGGCCGUGUCGGUCGCCAAGUCGGUGAUUGCCAAGCAAGGGGUGCACGGUUUGUACGCUGGACUGUCGGCUGCCGUCGCACGGCAAAUGGUCUACGGCACAACUCGUCUGGGCAUGCAUCGUGCGCUUUCCGACUCGUUGCAAGCCUCGCGCGUGAAGCAAGGCGCCACAGACGGGCUGCCAUUGUGGAUGAAGAGUUCCGUGGCCAUUUUCACUGGCGCGGUGGCGGCUACAUUGGGCUGCCCCAUGGACGUGGCGCUGGUGCGCAUGCAGGCAGAUACAUUGGCUGCGGCAGGUGACAAGCGCGGGUACAAGAACGUCGUGGAUGCCAUUCUUCGCAUUGCGUCCACCGAAGGCGUGACCACGCUGUGGCGCGGCAGUGUGCCACUGAUUGCUCGUGGAGCGGCCAUGAACUUCGGGAUGAUGGCGUCGUACGACCAAGCCAAGGAAGUCCUCAAGCCGAUUUUGGGCGGAGGGUUUGUGACGAACCUAGGGGCGAGUGCGUUCUCGGGCUUUGCAUGUGCAUUCACGUCGCUGCCGUUCGACUUGGUCAAGUCGCGCUUGAUGAACAUGAAGAAGGACCCAGUGACAGGCGCGUUCCCGUAUAAAGGUGUGGGGGACUGCUUUACCCAGAUUGUGCAGAAGGAAGGCUUUGGCAAACUGUGGCGAGGCUAUUGGACGUACUACGGUCGCUGUGCGCCCAACGCGAUGAUUGUACUGCUGGUCAUCGAGCAAAUCAACUUGGUGUACAAGAAAGCGUUUCUCGAAUAACAAGUUGGUUAAUAACACUAGGCUGGUUUGUUA